GGUUUCUUUUAAUCCUUUGAACUUGGAAGCCAUUGAUGUUCUGAGACCAAGCUCAAGAUAAGGCAAAUAAAAAAAGGGUUCUACAAGGAUCAUCAAAGGUUCCAAAAUGGCAGUAUCAGCAGCUAGCACUGUAAUAUCUCACAACAGAGCCGUUAAUUGCUUAUCUUUCCCGUUGCCAAAGCACGUGAAUUUGGCGUUUAAUCAUCAGCAACUUCAUUCGAGACUCGAUCUCCAGUCGUUUUCGGAGAACCAAAAUGUUCAUCAGUGCAAAAAUGGUAGAAUUUUCACCCCAUCUUGCUUAGCAAAGGCUGCUGUUUCUGAUGUUCAGCUUCAGAACUCCAAUCUCACAGCAGAUGCUGCAGACAGUACUUGGUCAGAAUUUGCUGGGAAUGUGUCUGGUGAGUGGGAUGGAUUUGGAGCUGAUUUCUCUGUUGAAGGGAAUCCAAUUGAACUUCCCGAAUCUGUAGUACCCGAAGCUUACAGGGAAUGGGAAGUUAAGGUUUAUGAUUGGCAAACUCAGUGUCCUACCCUUGCUGAACCAGGGGAGAACGUCAUGACUUACAAAAACAUAAAAUUACUUCCAACUGUCGGAUGUGAAGCUGAUGCUGCAACACGGUAUAGCAUUGACGAGAGGAACAUUGGGGGCGUAGACAAUGAAGUUUCAGCCUUUGCAUAUCAUUCUAGUGGAUCUUACACUGCUGUCUGGCCAGUUUCAGAUAAUGGUCUGUUGGAGUUGGAGCACUGCUUGAUCAAUCCUCGGGACAGGGAGUCUCGUAUGAGGAUAAUUCAGGUUGUUCGGGUCGAUGGUACGAAGUUUGUGUUAGGGAGUGUUAGGGUCUUUUGCGAACAAUGGUAUGGUCCAUUUAGGAAUGGUGAUCAGCUAGGUGGAUGCGCUAUUCGUGAUUCUGCAUUUGCCUCGACAGCUGCUACAAGAGCCUCUGAUGUUGCUGGUGUAUGGCAGGGGCCAAAUGCUGUUGCCAGUGUUGGUAGUUCUGGGGAUAACUUUCUUCAAGAGCUCAAAGAAAAUAGAGUUAUGAAGUCAAUAAGGGAUGAAAACAAUCUCAUAUUGCUUCCCAAACAAUUAUGGUGUUCUCUAAAAGAAAGUGGAGGUGAAACCUGCAGUGAGGUUGGGUGGCUUUAUGAUCAAGGAAAAGCUAUUACAUCAAGAUGCUGCUUCUCAAGUGAGGGAAAGUUGAAGGAAGUUUCAGUAGCUCGCGAAGCUACUGUUUUGGAGGGUGUAUAGCAACAGAAAAUUCAAACCAGCACCAUUGAAGUCAAAUUAAACGUCAAAGAAAAUUGGAAUGUCUAUAAAUUGUAAAGUCUUUACUUUUUUUACUCCCUAUGAUCUGUAGCAGAAUAUGUUGGUUAU